AAUUUAAAAAUUUUGACAAAAUUGCGUGAGAUGUACACACUCUUCAACAAAUUUCAUUAAAUUUGAUCCACCAGUUUUUUUUUCGCUACAAAAAUCUGAAAACCGCAUUCAUGUAUCCAACAAUUGGAUAGACAGUGCAACAGUAAACAGAAAAGGCGCUGGGAAACGCAAUUCUCCGAGGAGCAACGGCCCUAGAACGAGAGCGUGUUGUUCAGUUUCGGAUGCCCGUAGAGUAUUAUGGAAAGAGGAUGUCCAGCUGCUAGCAGUGAUUUCGAUACCGCCUCCAUCUCCAGCUCCACCUCGGCCAGCAACCAGGCCACCACCAGCCGGAGAGCAGGAGCAGCAGCAGCAUCAGGAGCAGCAGAAGUAGCAGCGGGGGAGCCCUGCCGAGAAGAUUUCGUUGCAUCCAUGUCUAGACUGCAGGAUGAUGUUGAGGACGUACGCGAGUCGUCGAACACACAGCAUGCCUUCGCUGUAGUUCUCGACGACGAGUCCAGCACCUUUGAGAUUAGUUCUUCCAACUCACUGCCCACCAGUGCGGGAGCUGCGUCCACCGUCGGUGUUGUUGCCGUGGACGACAGCUCCUCCACGGACACCAUUAACGGUGGUGGCGGAGGCGCUGGUCAUCCCUCAUCCAACGAACAAUGUCAAGGUUUCUUCAACGAGGACCCGGACCCUCCGGUCGUAUGCCUUAUAAACGAUGAUGAUGAUGAUGAUGAGGACGAUGCGGAGCCGGAGGAGGAAGAAGACGAACAUUUGAACGAGGACGAUGACGAGGACGUGGUGGACAUUGUAGUGGCUGCUAUAGACUGUCCCAAUACAUCACAAGUACCCCUAGCCGAUGGCACCAUUGUAGCGGCCGAUGGUUCCAAGAUCUUCCUCGAGACGCCAGUCGUGGAGGAGGCCCAGCCGCAUCCCCAUCCCGAUCCAGCUGUCGCUCAGUCUGAGCUGACCGGUAAGCCGAAGCGUCUCAGCGAUGAGUUUCUGCUCGGCGAGGAUGCAGAGCAGGCGGAUCAGCAGGCACAAUCCAGAGGGACGAAACCAAAACCGGAGAAUCCCGACACCACCUGCCUGCACGACCGGCUGAUGUCGGUGCGGCUGAAACAGAUGAGCCUCACGGCCAGCACAUCUUCGAAUCCAGCGCCAGCAGCUGUCUUCGCCGUUGGCGACAUCGAGUCCAUAGACCUCAUCGAGCGGCGCGAUUUCGAAACCGAGCAGCGUCUCACCGGCGGCAUCAUCCUGCGCAACACCUCCAAACUGAAUCUAAGUCUGAUCAAAUCUAUGGCCGGGGGACGAGCCACUGGGGUAGCAGCUGGGGGAGUGGCUUCGACUGCAGCGAGUAAGGACGACUGGCCCAGCAGUAGUAACGGCCGCACCGUUUCCUCGGAUAGUAAAUGCACAUAUAAGGAUCUGUCGACGACUCCAACCAGCAGCCGCAAAUACACAAACAGCCGGCUCAGCAAGUCCACUGCCAAACUAAACCUGGGCUCCUCCCUCGGAAGAGAACCUUCCAGCUGCAGCCAGCACCGGUCCAGCUUCAGCCUGAAUGCCAGCUCCAGUUCAACGUCAAAGUCAGGUCAGGAGUCAGCGGCCACCUCGACGGGAGCAGCCCGCACGGAUGUGUAUACCAACACCAACUCGAAUGAUUACCUGGGUGGUGCCCCGGGCACUUCCUCUUCCGCGUCGGCCUGCCAGCAGGAGGAGGAGGGAUCGGCAGAGAGUGCCAGCGGCUCUGUCUCUUACAGUUCUGUGGCAUCGCAGACCUCUCAGGAAGGCGGCUGUAGUCGCACCUUAGUCCAUAAUCAAGGAUCGGCCUGCCUGGGCGGCGAUUCUGAAGCAUCCACUUCAUCCGGCGCCGGAGCAUCCAGCUCUUGCCAUCGCUCCUCCACGCGCCAAGUGAAUGCCAGUGCCCAGACGCAGGAGCGUUUUCUGGCGCGCGGCCAGAAUUCAGGGGCAGGGGCUUCAUCUUCGAAUGGAACAUCACAGCAGAGACGUCGCAAUGAGUCCAGCGACGCCAUCCACCUGGAGGUUCUUGUCGAGGAGGGAGCCAACGGCGGCGGCGGAGACAACAACCAUGUGGAGCCCGGAGAUUUCAGUGGCGAGGAGCCGUGGGCCAACUGCGACGAGGAGAACAAUUGCUCAGAUUUGGAGGAGAUCUGCACAUGUCAGAACGGAAACGAGAUGAGUUAUGGCGGCAGCAAUGCCAGCCUGAGCGAAGCCUACGACCUGGACACCAUGGAUCACGAGGACCACAACCUUUCCCUGUCCUUUUCCGCUACCUCUUCGAAUCCGGUUGGACUCGGCGACUGCUCGCUGAACAACCCCGUCUCGCUAGUCUCCCAGCAGCGCAAACGGAAGUACAACGAGGGCCGCCUCCUGGACGGCGGCGACUACUCCCUCAACAUUUCGCCCAGUGGCGGAGUGGGCCUGAGUGCCGGGGUGGGCGACAACUGCCGCAAGAGAAUUGCCUACGACUUCGCAUCGACGCCACGAUCCUCGCAGCAUUCAGGGCCCACGGCGGUGGCUUCUCACUUGAUCAAUGCCUCGCCGGGAUCGGUGACGGGAUUGGGUCGACGUACCCCUAGAUCCAUGCCCACCCGUGACAAUCCGCCGCCCGAACUGCCGCACUGGUUGGCCCAGUUCCAACGCUGGUCACAUGCCGAGCGAUUGCUUGCCGUUGACCGCCUGAUCGACCACUGCGACCCGUCGCAGGUCCGCCACAUGAUGAAGGUGAUUGAGCCGCAGUUCCAGCGCGAUUUCAUCUCGCUUCUGCCGCGGGAACUGGCCCUGUUUGUGCUGUCAUACCUGGAGCCGAAGGAUCUGUUGCGAGCUGCCCAGACCUGCCGCAGCUGGCGCUUCCUUUGCGACGACAACUUGCUGUGGAAGGAGAAGUGCCGCAUAGCCCAGAUCCUGGCCGAGCCGCGGAGUGAUCGCCCCAAGAGGGGACGCGACGGUAACAUGCCACCCAUUGCCUCGCCAUGGAAAGCAGCCUACAUGCGGCAGCACAUCAUCGAAGUGAACUGGCGGCAGCGACCGGUCCGCAAACCGAAAGUUCUGAAGGGCCACGACGACCACGUGAUCACUUGUUUGCAGUUCUCUGGUAAUCGCAUCGUUUCCGGCUCCGACGAUAACACUCUGAAGGUCUGGUCUGCGGUAAACGGAAAGUGUCUGCGCACGUUGGUGGGGCAUACGGGCGGAGUUUGGUCAUCCCAAAUGUCCGGCAACAUCAUCAUCUCGGGCAGCACGGAUCGCACCCUCAAGGUCUGGGACAUGGACAGCGGCGCCUGUGUCCACACGCUCCAGGGCCACACGUCCACCGUGCGCUGCAUGCAUCUGCAUGGCAAUAAGGUGGUCAGCGGUUCUCGGGACGCCACUCUUCGGGUAUGGGACAUCGAGCAGGGUUCCUGCCUGCACGUCCUGGUUGGUCAUCUGGCUGCCGUCCGUUGUGUCCAGUACGAUGGGAAGCUGAUUGUGUCGGGCGCUUAUGAUUACAUGGUCAAGAUCUGGCAUCCGGAGCGCCAGGAGUGCCUGCACACCCUGCAGGGUCACACGAACCGCGUCUACUCCUUGCAGUUUGAUGGCCUGCAUGUGGUAUCGGGCUCACUGGACACUUCCAUUCGCGUGUGGGACGUCGAGACUGGAAAUUGUAAGCACACUCUAAUGGGCCAUCAAAGCUUGACCUCCGGCAUGGAGCUCCGGCAGAACAUACUCGUCUCAGGAAACGCAGAUUCCACUGUCAAGGUGUGGGAUAUCACAACCGGGCAAUGUCUGCAAACUCUGUCAGGAACCAACAAGCACCAGUCUGCGGUCACCUGUCUGCAGUUCAAUUCGCGCUUCGUGGUGACCAGCUCGGAUGAUGGCACCGUCAAGUUGUGGGAUGUGAAGACGGGCGAAUUUAUUCGCAACCUGGUGGCCCUCGACUCGGGGGGCUCCGGUGGGGUUGUAUGGCGAAUAAGGGCAAACGACACGAAACUGAUUUGUGCAGUGGGUUCGCGAAACGGAACGGAGGAGACAAAGCUGAUGGUCCUGGACUUUGAUGUGGAGGGGGCUUGUGUCAAAUGUUCAUAGGAGAAACCGGGUAUUCGCUUGUGCAUUUGGUUGUGGGCGAGGCGACGGGUCAAGGACGAGGCAGUUGGCGAACAGCUUCACAGCUUCACAGCUUCUCUCAUCCAAGCACACACAGAAGAAUCACGGUAGAGCGGAGCGGAUGUGGGGAAUCCGCCACAUAACGUAAUGAUGAUUGCCUUGCCAACAAAAUUGCAGCUGCUCACACAUACACCACACACACACACACACACAACACACACAAUCACACACAACCUACACACGCAGAAAUUAUCAUUAGGAUGGGAUGAAUAGGAGGGUCGGGUCGGGUCGGGUUAUUGGGGUGUGGCUGUGGCUGUGAGUGUGAAUUGUUAAUAUCUUUAAUUUACGUUGCUUCAUAGCCAAAAUUCGUUUUCCACCGUAGAAUAAUUUGUCUUAUUAGUUCUUUGCACGAUAAUGGCGAGUCGAUUGAAUUAAUAAUAAUAAUAUUAAGAAUAUAAUACUAAUUAUACUAUCAGAUUAUACAGUUUCAGAUGCAAAAUAGAUUGCAGAGCCUGAGAUACAGAGAGAGAGAACAUUUAUGAAAACAGAGCUUUAUAUUGAUUAAAUUGUAAUUUGUUUAAAUGGAAUUCGAGGCGCAUUGAGAUUUGAACGAUGUUGAGUUAAGUUGCCGUUUAUUAUGUUUAAAUUGGUGGUUUUGUUUCCAUCCCACAUGUUUUGUUUAUGCGAGUGUCCUUUGUGCGACAUCUCGCCAAUCUAUAUUAAUGUUCUGAUUGUUUAAUAACAUUUGAUUUUGAACUUUCGUUUAGUCGCUUAGUUAGCGAUAGCGAGAUUGGCUUCCAAUUCAUAUUCCAAAAUUUCAAAAUUCCUCAUUCGCCAGGAACCUGCCACAAUUGCCGUACGAGCGUAGCAUUAAGAGUCAUCUGCAGUACUCACUGAGCAGCAGCAGCAGCUCACACACCCACACAACAAAUGUUCAGAAGAAAGCAGCAGAAGCACUGCAACAUUACACACACUAUACACACACACACACACACAUGUGACAUCAUUAAGCGAACAUAUAUUUUAAUUAUAGACUGAUUUAUUAGUAAUUGAAAUUAAUCUACAAAUAUGUAUGUGUAAUGGUACCGUAUGUAUUUCAAUAAAAUUUAUCGGUUUAAGAAUAAAUCUGAAUAAACGCAGGAAUAAUAAUAAACAUA